AUGGGCCAAGCACCGUCUUCUCCGGCGGAACUGAGUAGACGAGAUUCUGCUUCUUCUUCCUCCCUCUGGUUUCCGGAGUUUCUCGACUGCGAAUCGGUUGACAUCGGAGAUGUUGCUGCAUGCGAAGAUAACGAUGAUUUCACAGCAAAUCUGCCGAACGAUUGCCUCGCUCAUGUUCUCCAAUUCCUCGGCGCCGGAGAUCGGAAGCGGUGCUCUCUCGUCUGCAAACGGUGGUUUUCCGUCGACGGUCAGAACCGUCACCGGUUAUCCCUCGACGCUAGGGCGGAGAUUCUCCCAUUUCUGCCUUCCAUGUUCAACCGAUUCGAUUCCGUGAUGAAGCUCGCUCUCAGAUGCGAUCGGAAUUCCUUCAGCUUGAGCGACGAAGCUCUGGUUAUGGUCUCGGUUCGUUGCUCGAAUCUCACUCGGCUCAAACUUCGCGGAUGUCGCGAGAUUACGGAUCUGGGAAUGGAAUCGUUCGCUCGCAACUCUAAGAACCUGAGGAAGCUCUCGUGCGGCUCUUGCAAUUUCGGUGCGAAAGGCUUAAACGCGAUCCUCGAGCAUUGCAAGCUUCUCGAGGAGCUAUCGGUGAAGCGGAUUAGAGGGAUUCACGAAUCCGCUGAGCCGAUUCUGCUGGGAUCGUCUUCUUCGCUUAGAUCGAUCUGCUUGAAAGAGCUCGUUAAUGGUCAGGUAUUCGAAUCUCUGGUUGGAUCAAAAACUCUGAAGAAACUGAAAAUCAUUCGUUGUUUGGGUAAUUGGGAUAAAGUUCUUGGAAUGAGUGGAGAUGAGAAUAGUUCCUUAACUGAGAUUCACUUGGAGAGGCUCCAAGUGACUGAUUCUGGACUCUCUGCGGUAUCGAAAUGCCGAAACUUAGAAACUCUGAAUAUAUUGAAAACCCCUGAAUGCUCGAAUAAAGGUUUAGCUAGUGUUGCAGAGAGAUGUAAGCUACUUAGGAAGCUUCACAUUGAUGGUUGGAGGACGAAGAGAAUCGGUGAUGAAGGUGUGAUGGCUGUAGCGAAACACUGCUUGAAUCUGCAAGAGCUUGUGCUUAUCGGUGUUAACGCGACGCAUAAGAGCUUGUCAGCGAUUGCUUCGAACUGCAAGAAGCUCGAAAGGUUAGCUCUUUGUGGAAGUGGUUCGAUUGGAGAUACUGAGAUUGCUUGCAUCGCGGAGAAAUGUGCUGCGUUGAGGAAAUUCUGUAUCAAGGGGUGUCCGAUUUCGGAUGUGGGGAUCAAGGCGCUGGCUUUAGGGUGUCCGAGUUUGAUGAAACUGAAGGUGAAGAAAUGUAAAGUGGUUACAGUUGGAGUUAGGGAAUGGCUGUGUGAACGGAGGAGGAUGUUGGUUGUGAGUAUGGAUGGUGAUGAGGCUAAAGGCGCGGUUAUGGUGAAUGGGGAUGAUCAGAGAGGUCUUGAGACGGUGGUUGAAGAGCCGGAGGUGGUUGUUGCUGAUGGAGGUGGUGGUGGUGGUAGGUUAGCGAUGUUGAAGACGAAGUUAGGGUUACUUGCAGGAAGGAACUUGGUGGCGUCCACGUUAAGGAGAUGGUCUCAAAGCGAAGCUACCAGUUCUAGUUGA